AGUUUCAAAACACGACAACUAGUCAAAUAUCAGAAGCUAUAUGGCUUCUCGUCACCGUCCUCACCCACAACAAAUCGGUUUGUCUCAAUACAACUCUUCAGCAAUCUCUCCCAUCUUUCAAAAGCAUUUCCUUGCUUCAAAUCCGUAAACCCAGCUUCGUAUUUAGUUAGGGCUUCUGUCAAACCAAUUACAGAUACAGAUAGUAUUAUCACAGUAAUCAAAAUGAUGCUGAUCAUGAGCAACGUUCUGUAGACAAAUUCAAACUGGUCAAGAGACACUUGCUAAUCAGUGAGCAGCUAGGAUCAAAGAUGAGUGAAACUCCCCCGGCGUUCGGUGAAUCCGAAGCAUAUGCUGCAGCCGAGUCAACGUCCAAGAAGGUAGUAGAACUCACUGAGUUUCCGAUCACUAUGGACUCGGUGAUCAGCGUCACGGUGCCGAGGCCGAAGAAGUGUCGGACAAAGGAGGAGAAGGAAGAGGAAGAGGAGGUGUUGGCGAUUCAAGGGAUAGAGUUUGUGGCGGAUGAGCUUGUGAAGUUCGACGUGCAUGUCAACGAUGACGAAGACGAUCUGAGUCGACCCGACAACUCGGAGUUCGCCGGAAGCUUUGUGUAUUUGCCUCAUCGGAGGAAGACGGUGACGACGAGCCUGAGGCUUGGGAUAACGGACUUGUUGGAUGAUUUGGGUGCUGAUGAAGAUGACAGUAUCAAGGUGACUUUAGUGCCAAAGUGUGUGAAACGACCUGUCACUAUUGGGAAGCUCAAGAUCGAGUUUCUCAAAUAGUAUGUCUAUAUUGUAAGGUGUUCUGAGAUUUACUUGCAACAAAUAAUCGAUGCAACAGCACGCGUACACCUAACUCGAUCACUUAAGUUUCUAAGAUAAUUGGAUCUAGUUUUGAGUUCUCAGGUUUUUGUUUGUGUUUAUAUGUUUCUAAUGUGUUUAAUACUUUGAUUACAUAAGUUUUGAGUUGCUCUC